UUUGUGGGGAUCUUAUAGACAUCCUUCUUCUUGUGGGGCUCAAUAUUUUUUUACUAUUGUAGAUUAUUUUUCCCGAGCCCUUUGGGUCUACUUGCUCAUUGAUAAAACCGAGGUGUUUAGUAUGUUUAUGUCUUUUGUUGCAAUGGUUGAUCGACAGUUUUUUCAAACUAUUAAAGUGGUUCAAAGUGAUACACUAGUCAAACAAUUAAAGUGGUUCAAAGUGAUACACUAGUAGAAAAAAACAAUUGGACUGCCCCAAAUGAAAAGCGGUUAUUGAAUUCCGCUUCCAAAAACCUACAAAAACCCACCCAAAAAAAAAAAAAAAAAAAACAUGAAGCAUACAAAUAGGGAGCAAUUAUGGGUGAACUGCUCCCAUAUAUUGCAACUGGAAGUGGUUUGAACAUUGAACCGCUCCCCAUUUGCUAAAAACCCUAACAACUAAUUCAUUUCUCACGCCUCUUCCCUCAUUUCUCACACCUCCUUCUUCUUCUCUCCCCCCUCCUUCUUCUCUCUCCUCUUUCCCCUCAUUUCUCACGCUUUCAUUCUCACGCUCUCCUCUCUCCAUCUCCUUCUCUCUUCUCUCUCCAUUCUCACGUCCUCUCUCCAUCUCCUUCCCUCUCUGCUCUCUCCUCCCAUUUGCUUUCUUCUCUCCUCUCAAAGCCUCCCUUUCUUUCUCUCUCCUCUUAUCACCGACCAAUACCUCCAUCAACAUCGUGACCGAGCACCACCGAGAAACAAUACCAACGAUGCGACACCCACCGAGCAACAAUCACCAACAACAACACCAACGAUGCGACACCCACCGAGCACCACCACCGUUUUCAGAUCUAAUAAUAAUUUAGAUUGCGGUGGUGGCGUUAGAUUCGGUGGUAGCAUCAAUUCCGGUGGUGGAAAAAUAGCAGAUGCGUGGUGGUGGGCUAGUGGCUUUAGUAAUUCUUCGAAUAUUAUCCCGCAAAAUAUUGCUCCCAUGAAUAUUGAUGUAUAUUAUCACUUCGCGGAAUAUCUUGUGGAAAAUGAUGAUCCUCAACAUGUUGGUGAGGAAGUUGAGAGUUUCAAUGAUGUACUUGAGAAGGAAGAGUUGGGCAUGGGCGCUGGAAUCGACCUCAUUGCCCAACUGCAAGAUGUUGGUGCAUCUCACACCGAAGAGCCUGCUGGGCAACAACAGUCAGGUACCCCGCGACAAAUGCCUGGUGGCCACAGGGGGGUGUGGAGCUCACUACCCAGCCACAGGCUACAUCUGCAAGCAAUACAGCAGAUCCCGCAGCAAAUGCCGAACUUCAAGCAGCUUCUAAUCAACAUUCUGAUGAGUCUCAAGGCACAUAAAUGGGUCGUGGCAUGCGAGAAAAAUACGAGCCAGUCAAGCUUCGAGAUUAUGUAAUUCACACAAUUCUCACAAAUAGUCCAUCUUCAUCAUGUCCUAACACAUCGUCUCCAAAGCAUCCCUCAGGUACUCCUUAUCCUAUAGCACAUUAUAUAAGUUGUCACAAUUUUUCUUUGCAUUAUCGAACCCCGAUCUUUUAAGGAGGCCAUGAAAGAUGCUGGUUGGCGAGAAUCCAUGAAAAGGGAAAUUCAAAUAUUGGAAGAUAAUGGUACGUGGACAAUGGAAAAUCUUCCUCCUAGAAAACGAGCUCUUGGUAGUCAAUGGGUGUAUCGGAUCAAAUACAACUCUGAUGGGAGUAUUGAACGUCUGAAAUCCAGAUUAGUAAUCUUUAGCAAUCAUCAAAAAGAAGACAUUGACUACACUGAAACACUUGCACCCGUGGCUAAAAUGGUUACUGGUUGGGCUUUUCUUGCAAUUGUAGCUUCUAAAAAUUGGGAGUUACAUCAUAUGGAUGUUCAUAAUGCUUUUUUCCAUGGAGAUCUUGAUGAGGAGGUGUACAUGAAACUCCUUCUUGGUUUUGAGUCUUCCCAUCCUAAUAAGGUAUGCCAUCUUCGCAAAUCUCUAUAUGGCCUCAAACAAGCACCACGAUGUUAGUUUUCUAAACUUGUAUCGGCUUUGAAAGCAUAUGGUUUAUUGCAAUCUUAUUCAGAUUACUCGUUAUUUACAUACACUAGUGGCAAAAUUCAAACAAAUAUUCUUUUGUAUGUUGAUAAUCUCAUUAUUUAUGGGAAUGAUUCCACUACUUUAAGGGUUUUCAAA